AUGGCAUCGCUCUUUCAUCGCCGCCGUGCGGCUCAUCCGUCGCCCGCCGCGGACACGGCGUCUGACCCGGCUGCAACUCCCAGGCGCCGGCGCUCGAGCGCCUUCAACCUCCUCUCGCCUCGAUCGGAAGCUGCCGAACCGGAACUGGAUCCGCUCCUCACCGCCCAGUAUGCCAUCCCCGACCAUGUAGAGGCGUUCCGCGAGGCGCUCAGCCACGAUCUCGGCCAGUCCGAGUACCUCCCCGCUUCGGCCGCGGCCGCCAGCCAGAUCACCGGUUCCUCGACCUGGUCCAUGCUCGGCUUCCCAAACGGCCUCAAGAGCCCCGGCGCCAAGUCACCCGUCGACACGCCCUCGAACCACUUUGACUCGAUCGCGUCGGUGCAGGAGUCGGCCUCGUCGUCCGCCAACCCUGCAGAGCCCUCGUCGACGCAGGCCUCAAACCCGCGCAAGGUGGGCCGCAUCGCCGCCGCCUCCGACUUUGCCCCCAUCCGCGAAAAGGUCCACCGCAAGAAGAAGCGACGCUCCGUCGACAGCGGAACGCGCGAGGGCUUCGUCUACCACACGCUCAGGUGGCCGCUGCUCAUCGGCAUCUUUCUCACCAUCUUUCUCGAGUUUGCGGCGUACGUCAUCAUCCGCCAGAUUGUCAACGUCAUCGAGUACGCCAUCGCAUGGAGGGGAAAGAAGGGAGAGCUGCGCAAGAGGAUGCGCAAGUCGACCACCCUCGGAGAGUGGAAGGAGGCGGCGCUCGAGCUCGACGAGUUCAUGGGCUUCGAGGCGUGGAAGACCGACGACGCCAGCGGGUUCUACGACUGGAUCCUUGUCAAGAAGGUCAAGGCAUCGCUCAAAGCCUUUCGCGAAAAGGAAGACACUGAGAACCUGCUCGGGGUACUGGACCUCUGCCUGCGCAACAACUUCGCCGGCACAGAGAACUUCCGCCUCUACAGCGAGACGUUCUUUGGUACCAAGUACCUCGUCGAGAGCUACCUCAGCGAGCUCGAGCUGGCGCUGCGCUACGUCGAAAGCACCGACAAGAUCACGCCAGAGGUCAAGCGGCAGUUCUACCGCACCGUCUCGCGCAACCUCGGCCGCAGCGCCCUCUGCCUCAGCGGCGGGGCGAGCUUUGGCUACUACCACAUCGGCGUGGUGCGCGCGCUGCUCGACUCGAACCUGCUGCCCAAGGUGGUGACGGGCACUUCGGCCGGCGGCUUGAUUGCGGCGCUGACGUGCACGCGGACCGACGAGGAGCUCAAGAAGCUUCUCGUGCCCGCCCUGGCGGACCGCAUCACGGCGUGCGAGGAGCCCAUCAGCGUGUGGGCCCGUCGCGCCUGGCACACGGGCGCCCGCUUCGACACCGUGUCGUGGGCCGAGAAGUGCGCCUUUUUCACGCUGGGCUCGAUGACCUUCAAGGAGGCCUACGAGCGCACGGGCAAGGUGCUGUGCAUCAGCGUCAUCCCCUCGGACCGCCACUCACCCGUCAAGCUGCUCAACUACAUCACCGCGCCAGAUUGCGUCAUCUGGUCGAGCCUGUUGGCCUCAGCGGCCGUGCCGGGCAUCCUCAACCCCGUCUGCCUGAUGCAAAAGACCAGGGACGGUCGAAUCAUACCGUGGAACUGGGGACACCGCUUCAAGGACGGCAGCCUGCGCGUCGACAUCCCGCUCCAGGACCUCCACGCGCUCUUCAACGUCAACUACCCGAUCGUGUCCCAGGUCAACCCGCACGUCCACCUCUUCCACUUUGGCUCCAAGGGCGCGCCCGGUCGACCCACGGCGCACCGCAAGGGCAAGGGAUGGCGAGGAGGCUUUGUCCUUUCGGCUGCCGAGCACGUGCUCAAGCUGCACCUCAAGAUGAACUUCAAGAUCAUUCGCGACCUCGAUCUCCUGCCCGCCAUCCUGGGACAGGACUGGAGCAGCGUCUUCCUGCAGCCGUUUGGCGGUGCCGUGACCAUCUGGCCCAAGACCCGGGCGUGGGAUUGGGUGCGCAUCCUCACCGACCCGGACCGCAAGGAACUCUCCCGCAUGAUUGACGUGGGUCAGAUUGUCACAUUCCCCAAGAUUCACAUGGUCGAGAACCGGAUACGCCUCGAGAAGGCCAUCGAGCGGGGCCGCAAAAAGUGCCGGAGAGCGAUCCGAUCCGCCGAGGCGGAAGCGGCCGGCAACGGCAACGGCAACGGCUCCAGCGUCGCAAGGAGGACCAGACGCAACGGUGGAGAAAACGGCAGCAAGGAGCCCCUGCCGACGGCGGGCAGCGUGUCGGAAGGGACCGACAACGACGACUUUUUCAGCUCAAAGACGGUCGGAAACGGAUUCACCUCGUUCUCUGCGGCGGGCAAAGCCUCGACGAGCCGCGGCAGGGACAACGAUGAGGGCGAGGUUCUGCACCCGAAUGGGCUCGACUCGAAUGUCGGGACGCCCGGCAUCGACGCCGAGUCCGACAGCACGCGGCAACAGCCGGCGCCGCAACGGCCAAAGCCGUACCCGACGUACAGCCGAUACCUCUUUGACACUCGCGCGGCCAACAAGGGUCGGGCUACUGAUCUGGACUCGGCCAUCUCGACGCCCCGUGGCGAUGAUGAUGACAACGCGGGCGCCACGCCAGAGACAUGGCUGGACAGAGGGCAAGGCGACAUCGAACAGGACGAGCCACGCACCUCUGGUGAAGUGGAGGGCGCAGGGGGUCCGGCAGAGUGGGACGAGGAGAAGGAGCGGAUCGAGUACAGGAAGAAGCGGAGCGCGCGAUGGGGCGACGGGACCAGCUGGGACGAUAGAAGCUACGAUACGAGGAAGGACGAGGAUCGGUUCAGCGAGAGCAGCGUCGAGAGUUCGGAGGACGACAACGAUGAAGACGACGACGAAGAGGGGCAAGGAGGAGCCCCGAGGGACGCGGCGUAG